AUGCCUCCGAAACGGAAACGAGGAGCCACCGUUAAAGCGGCUUCCUCCAAGGCGAAGAGUAUCAAAGCGAGUGGUGGUGAUGAGGAUGGUGACGAGGAUAACGCCGCUGAUGACGAUACUACUCAUGCCGGGGUGGGUGGUCCGAAGAAGAAGAAGAUGAAGAUGAAGAACGACGAGCAAAAUCAGCAGCCGACACCAACAACGAAGGAGGAUGAAACGACGACCAAAACCGAACACACGUGUACUCCUCCUCCACCACCAAAAACGUGCCCGUACUUAUCCUUCGUCAACCGCCCGCUGUUGGACUUUGAUUUCGAAAAAAGAUGUUCGGUCUCGUUCGCGAAAGAAAACUGUUACUGUUGCUUAACCUGCGGGCAUUUUUUCGCCGGGAGAGGCCCAAAGACGCCGGCGUAUACGCACGCGUUGGAACGAGAAAACCACUUCGUGUUCAUGCACUUGGAAAAUGGCAGAGCGUUUUGUCUUCCAGAUAACUACGAGAUUUUCGAUGCGAGUUUAGAGGACGUGAGGAAAGUGUUGUUUCCUCGAUUUACGAGCGAAGAGAUUAAGCGGUUGGAGAAGGAGGCGAUAUGGUCGAAAGCGUUGGACGGGACGGAGUAUUUAGUCGGCGUGGUUGGGUUGAAUCGAGUGGAGAACGCGAAAGGCGUGAAUUCAAUCGUGCAAAGUCUCGCGAGGGUGGAAAAGUUAAGGGCGCAUUUUUUAUCCGCGUCUUUGAUUAGGAGCGACGGAAACAACAACAACAAAAAUGAAAACGACACGUUGCAAUCGUUGUGUCAGAGGAUAUGGAACAAACAUAACUUUCGCGGCCACACCAGUCCAGAUUCGUUCGUGAGGAAGCUCAGGAAACAAAUCAAACUCGCACACCCGGAGAAAUUAGAGACGGACAUCGACAAUUUAUUCAACGAUCCGUUUGCAACUUUGCGACAUUUUUUAACGUUCGUCGUGCCGAAAAAGUACGUCGACGAGCUCUUUCGAGGCGAGCUGUUGAUGCUGAACCAAAAGAACAAGACGCAGCCGUUCGUGUUCGUGCCGUUAAAGCUCCCAGACGCGCCUUUAUUCCGCGACGUGAUGGAGAAAAACGCCAUCCCGCAAGUCGCGCUCGCGGAGCUCUUGAAACCGUUCGCGUUGAAAACCGCCCCGGAGUAUUUAAUCUUAGCCUUCGUCAACCGGUUCAGCAAAAAUCAAUUCACGAAAGAGGUGAGCAAGAACCCAACCAUAGUCACGUUCCCGGUGAAAAACCUGAAAAUCCAAGCGUCGUCGGCGGCCGGUAGUAAUAGCAAUAGUAAUCCUUUUUCUUACGACUUGCUCGCCAACGUCGACUCCGCCGGCAAAGCGACCGUGAAACACGUCGACGGGAACUGGUACGAAACCAACGAUUUGUUCGUCAACGAAGUCCUCGCGCAACAAGUCACGCUCGGGGAAACGUACGUGCAGAUUUAUAAAAGAGUAGCAUCACCAUAG